AUGGGAAACUUCAAUAAUUUACGCGUUUUAAUUUCGUUCUUUGCCUUUAUUCUAACGACCUUUAUGAAUGGAAUAAAAGAGACAGAUACAGUAAAUGCACCGUUGUUACUCGUGAUAUCAAGCGCUAGUAUGGAUGCUCUUAAGAUUGAGAUCAAGCUGUGGGAGCGUGCUUUCGAGAAAGAGCAUGGAAGGCUUCCUGAGAAAGAUGAUAUAAAAAAGGAUAAAGAGGUCAAGAGAAAGUAUAAACAGUAUGCACAGCUCAAGAAGGAUGCUACUGUUAAACCAUCGGUGGAGGUUAACGUAGAGCAAACACCAGUGAAGUCGCAUGUGAAUAACACAAAGGCUGAAUUCGGACCGACUCCUCAAAUGAAUGGGAAAUUAGUUAGUAUAUUUGAGAUGCAAGUGUCUGCCAUGAAAACUCACCAGUCGGAUCAAGAAGAUAUAGUUGGCUCGCCAGUAAGAUCAAAUGACCUGGUAAGGCGCCAAUUGAACUUCUCAAUAACGCCGAACUCUUCUCCAAUGAAGCAAGUUCCAAAUCUAUCUGCGAAUAUUGUUGUGUCAAGACCGAAAUAUGGACCAAACUCCCCAAUGCGGAUCGGCGAUAUUGGAUUGCAGUUGUCAGAAACACCAAAGACGCUUGGUAGAACCCUGGAUUUGAAAAGUUCUCCCUUCAGCCCAUCGCCGCUGAUUAAAAGGCCGGUGAAGACACUGUCCCAAUUAGCGAAGGAACAUGCCAUUAUAAAAGACGAAUUCGAAUCUAACCCAGAAGAUUUCAGCGAAUUCACUGCGAUUAGAACGCUUAUGGAAAAGCUGAUGCAGGAAGAACAUAUGGAUAUAAUUGAAGAGGGGGACGAGGGAACUGUCGGCAAUGAAACUGAGAGCAAUUAUGUGCGGAAAGUUAAAACCAUAAAGAAAAGAACAAAAGCGAAGAUGAGACCAGCAGCAUUAAACGAGAAGUCGACCAACAUUCCAGACAAAAAUGUUCAUGAACAGCUAGCAAAGUUGAAGGAACGUGAGUACAAUAAAAUGCUGGGUAAAGAAGUGGAAGAAAGUGAGUCUGACUCUGAACAACAAUCCAAUCCACCCGUAAAGAAGAAGCAACGUAAGAGUAAAUACAACCUUGUUAGCAACAACUUCAAGCGUUUGAAUCUUCCAACAAAGGCAGGAAGAAACAGAGCCAGUAAAUGGAGAGGAAGAAGGUGA